GGCCAGGCUUUGCCGCCUCAGUGUGCAGUCGGACCGCUGCUCUGGUGCGACCGGAUUCGUCAAUAUUGACAUUCUCAAUGUAUUUGACCUGUUUUUCUUCCUUGUUAAUCAAGAAGAGUUCCAGAUCAGAUGGCAUGGCGUUAAUCACCUUGUGGAGGAACUUAUGUCAUCUGGCUGAUUUUCGAGUACAUGGAACUCAGGCUGCUCUGAAGAGUCGCCCUGUAAAUCACCUUAACAAGGGAGUUAAGGGGCAUCUGCAUACUAGGUUCUCAUCACUGCAGCCUGAACCUUGCCGGAUGGGGUCCCAUACUGCCUGUGGGAAAAAGUUCCAUUCAGAAAAUGGAUAUAACCUUCAGCCACUCAGUGAGCAGGGCUUCUCUCAAGUACACAACUGGGACGGGCUUGACUCAAAUCUUAACAGCAAAGAUGAACAGAUGUUUUACAGAAAACUAAACAGCCUCACCUCUUGGAGAGAAGUGUUAGGCUUCAUAAGCACUCAGGAGAUUCUACCUGAUUCUAUGGCUGCAGGGGCUUUGCAGCGCAUUUGUGAAGUGGAAGAAGGAGACGGUGAGCAAAGAUUGCCAAAGGAAGUCCUAGAGAAUAGCACCUUUCAAGCUUUGUGCUUUCGGUUUGAACAGCAACCUGCAUGUCUGUCCAAUACCGGUUUGGUGGCUGCUUUGCAAGCUCUGGUUCUGUCAUCGCACGUGGAUCAUCAGGGUCGCCUGAUCCAGAAUCUGGUGGCAGAAUGCCAGAAUCGUCUCCAAACUGGUGUCCUGGAAACUUCUGAUCUCUGUGUUCUUGGGGAAACUCUGAUUAGACUGCAAGGUCCAGGUUGUGUGACACUAGAACCGAUCAUACAUCAACUGCAAAGUAAAAAACUGGAAACAUUUACCCCAGAAAAUAUUGUGGCCAUUUAUAGAAUACUGCAGACCUGUGCUGAAAAGCGGGACCAACACCAAACGUUUUUAAAUAUGGUAAACAACUUCGCUCCCUCGGUUGUUUCCUCCCUGAGUCCUAAGUCAGUUAACCAGAUGCUGGAUGCCUUAAUGGUUCUUGAUCAAAUCCAAGCAUGCCCUCUGAUUAUAAAAUUGGGUAAAUAUGUCGUGAGGCACGUCCCUCAGUUCACCAGUGAAGAACUCGGGAAAGUCUUGGAGGCUUUCAGAUAUUUUGGAUACAGUGACAAGUUUUUCACCAAGGCCCUGCAGCAGUAUGUCACUUCACACCACCUCAGCCUGACUCCUGAAAUUAUCAGUCAAGUCGCAGAGUACUGCAGUAGAAAACUGAUUCGUUCCAAACCCAUUCUUAAUGCAGUGGCAGAAGCUUUUGUUUGCCAUUCAGAAAAACUUUCACCUACUCAGAUUUCUGAAUUAAUUGAACCAUUCGGCAAACUCAAUCACUUGCCACCAAAUGCCCCUGCUUUCUUUAGGAAGCUAGAAAAUGUGCUGUUCACUAAUAUCAAUCAUUUCCCACCCAAAACGCUCCUGCGAGUUCUCCAUUCCUGUUCGCUUAUUGGAUGCCAUCCAGUCAACUUCAUGGCAAAAAUAUUCAGCCCUUUCUUUCUUCAGCAGCUGCAAGGUGAAGAGUCGUGUGUGGACAGAUUGAGUCUGGCACAACUGACCCAACUUUUCCUCACCGCCCUCCUAGAGUGUCCUUGCUAUAAGGGUCCGAAACUUUUUCCUAAGUUCCAGCUGAAAUCAUUCCUCACUCCGUGCUGUUCCAUGGAGACCCCACUGGAUUUUCAGCUUUAUAAAUAUGUGAUGACUGCACUGAUUGAACUUUUGGGAGCAAGAACCUAUUUUGCUUCAAAAGUGUUAACGCCCUACUGUUAUACCAUAGAUGUUGAAAUUAAAUUAGAUGAAGAAGGAUUUGUAUUACCAUUUACAGCUAAUGAAGAUGUCCAUAAAAGGAUAGCACUGUGCAUUGAUGAUCCAAACAGAUUUUGCUCUAAUGGCAUUCACUUACUAGGAAAAGAAGCUAUUAAACAAAGACACCUAGGAUUACUUGGCUAUGAAGUUGUUCAGGUGCCCUAUCAUGAGAUGGAGAAGCUAAAAUCCAGGCAUCAGCUGGUGAAAUAUUUACAAGGCAAACUGUUUUCUCAGAACUCAGUGCUAGCAGGGACGCUGGCUUCCAGUCAAGGACGGUGACAGUCAAAGGAAGGGGCCGUUGGUGAACGAGUCCGCUGCCCGACUUUGUUUAUGGACGGGUGACCUGGAGAGUGUACUUUUCCUCAUACCUGUGUGUAUUUAUUUGUACGUGGAUUUAAAAUUAAUUUAAUGCUAGAGUCAUACAUAUUUUUACACGUGAGAUGGAGUUGAUCAAAUACAGUAAACAGUCAUCGUU